AAGAUGUUGGCUCUGUCAUGUGAUCAGCUGUGUCCAAUCACAGCUGAUCGCAUGUAAAUAAGAAAAUGCCUUUUAUUGGCAUUCCUCCCCUCACGAGCUGCACGCUGACAGCUCAGGGGACAUGUGCACUGAUCAUCAGAGCACUGAUGAUCAGUGUAGCCCCAUCAGUGCCACCUGUCAGUGUCCAUCAAUGCCACCUGCCAGUGCCCAUCAGUGCCACAUAUCAGUGCCUACCAGUGCACAUCAAUGCCACAUAUCAGUGCCCAUCUGACCUGCCUUUCAGUGCCAACUAUCAG